UUAUGGUAUUCAGCCAAACAUGCAAACUCAUGAUGACGGUGAGAAAUCCGAGACAGUCACGAGUACGAGGGCGUGUCAAGUCAAGUUAGUUUAAUUCAUUGCGCAAGACAUAUGCCUUACUCUUUGUCUGUAAGGCUUUAAUUUUUCAAGUGUUUCCCAUAGGAUUUUGACAGACUUGUGGCGCUGGUGACGUCACAAUUAGCAUAUUAGUGACAUCGUUAGUCCUUUUUUGACGUCACAAACUAAUUAGCAUAUUUGUGACGUCAUCACGCCGUGUUAGCACUUUUUUUGACAAUAAAAAGUUGACAAAAGCGCUUUUUUAGUUCAAAAAAACGCUCGCAGCGUUUGGUUACAAAUAGCACGAAUGGAAAGGACAAAUGGAAACGACAGGUCUCUGUCAUUGGUUAGCUGUGAAAAGGGAGCUUGACGUAGGACAUUCUUUUCAGAAAAGUUGAACUUUUUUCAACCUCAAAGGACGCUCUGAGCUGCAGAAAAAGACGCCGGUGUUCUGCCAAUUUAUGCUACCCUGUCAAAUUUUGCUACCUUCAUACAAAACAGAACUAACCCCUCCCCCAACCCUGUGCGUUCAGACCGCCGCCGUCGAGAGCGUCUAAGUGGCCGGAAGUCAUUCAUUUUCAAUCUAACUGUGCGUUCAGACCGCCGCCGUUGAGAGCGUCAAAAAUCGCUCUGGCUGCCCUGCCAACAACGCUGUAGAAAGAGUCUUGGGCGCGCUGACGCUCUGACGUAGAUCGAAAUCUUAUCUUGUAUUUAAAGGGGCCUCAAAGCAAACAAGCUUGUUGAUCUUGUGCAGACUGACCACAAGAAAUUGAUCGGUGGAAAAAACUUUAUUGUAGUUACACGUUUGCUAACGAAAUAAUAUUCUGCAGCAGUAACACUGUUUUGCAUUCUCUGGCGCUAAAGUUAGCAUGAAAUUUCCGCUUAUUUACAGAAAAUGUAUAACGUUAAUGCACAUCAUCAGCAACUCACCAGGAACACAAACAAUCUCAGACACCUUGGUCCACGCAUCAUUUUUUUUAUUUAUGUCCCUAUACGCAAACUGGGACGCGUCGUAUAGGAUUGGGAAACCCGUCACAGCAAUUAUCAACUUCUCCUCCAUUUUGCUUGGGAACUAAUGUGGUCGGAACCAAAGUUUACAGGGCUGCUUUCUCUGGAAUCAUCUCAAGCGAUGGACUUCUACGUUCCGAUUGGUUGCCGCCGAACCGUCAUAGCUCAUUACCAUAAAGUUGACCUGAUUUCAACUCUCCUUGACGCCCUCAACGGCCUAGACGUGCCGCGCCGCUCCUCGCCGCCAGCUCACAUUGAAAAUGAAUGACUUCCGGCCACUUUGACGCUCUCGACUGCGGCGGUCUGACCGUAAAGUACACGUUUAAAAAAGCGCUCAGGACGUUUUUUGAAAACACGGUUUACUCCAUAAGAUUAUAAUGUAAAACAGACAUUACUCCUUUUUUGAAGCUGCUAAUGUCUGAACAUGGCUGUAUUUUACAACGGGAUGCCACCAGCAUUCACUUUAACCGCUGCUAAAAUUCUGAUUUGCAACAUCAUCUGAUAAAAUCACAAUACAGUACAUCUACAUUAAAGAGCGGCUAUAUGCUGUUUGCCCUUUCUCGACAAUGUGUUGCUGUAUUACGAACGCUUCUUUGAUUUGAAAUGCAAGUGACAGUUAAAUACGAGAGGCCGAGGGCUCGCGCACAUCGGAAGAGCUCAUCGGAAGAGAGAGUGCACGCGAACACGGAAGAUGAGGACGCGCACGCGGCCACGUGACGCUCCACUCACACCAAACAAGUCAGGAAGGAGAGAAGACGUGUAAGCGCUGUUUAUCCACUAGUUAUUCGAUCACAGAUACUGUCAUUAGCACGGAUGGAUAAAACAUAAAUAUACCUGGGCGGACCGCCCAAGUAAAUGCAUUGUAUGGGAAACGCUGUAUGGCUUAGUUACAGUAGAUGACGGCUAGAGACAAGCAGAUCUCUCAUGCGUAAAUGUGGGCGCCUCCAUCUUUGAGCUGUUUGUGUUUAGACUUCCGUAAAAUGGCAGAAGGCAGUUUUUCUCAAGACAAGUUCAGCUGUCCAGUGUGUUUGGAUCUACUGAAGGAUCCAGUGACCAUUCCAUGUGGACACAGUUACUGUAUGAGCUGUAUUACAGACUGCUGGAAUCGGGAGGAUCAGACGGGAGUCUACAGCUGCCCUCAGUGCAGACACACAUUCACUUCAAGACCAGCUUUAUGUAAGAAUGUGAUGUUUGCUGAACUGGUGGAGCACCUGAAGAAGACAAAACUACAAACUACUGCUCCUGUUUACUGUUAUGCUGGGCCUUUAGAUGUGGAGUGUGACGUCUGUACUGGGAGAAAAUACAAAGCUGUCAAGUCCUGUCUGGAGUGUCUGAACUCAUACUGUCAAAAUCACCUUGAACAACAUGAAAAAUUAUUUCAAGGUAAAAAGCACGAUUUGAUGGAUCCAAACGGGCAACUUAAUGACAUGAUCUGUCCAAAACAUAACAAACGGCUGGAAAUCUACUGCCGUACUGACCAACAGUGCAUUUGUUAUCCAUGUUUGAUGGAUGAGCACAAAACCCACAACACUACAACAGCUGUAGCAGAGAGGACUGAGAAACAGAAACUUUUAGAAGAGACACAGAAAAAAUUCAAGAGAACAAUCCUGGAAAGCAAAAAGAAGAUUCGGGGGCUAAGAAUGGAUGUGGAGUCUUAUAAGCGCUCUGCACAGACAGCAGUGAAGGACAGCGAGAGGAUCUUCACUGAGCUGAUUCGCUCCAUUGAGAGAUGUCGCUCUGAGGUGACACAGCUGAUCAGAGAUCAGGAAAAGGCUGCAGUGACUCGAGCUGAAGGAUUCUUAAAGCAACUGGAGCAGGAGAUUGUUGAUCUGAGGAGGAGAAAUGCUGAUCUGGAGCAGCUUUCAGGCACAGCCAAUCACAUCCAUUUCCUGCAGAGUUUCCAGUCUCUCUCUGCAGCUCUUGAAUCUCCAGUCUCACACAACAUCACUGUCAGUCCUCUGCCCUCUUUUGAUGAUGUGAGAAAAUCUGUCUCUCUACUGAAAGAAAAACUGGAGAACUUCAGAGAGGAGGCUAAAAAGAUAUCUGGAAAGGUCACAUAUAUCACAAUUAUUCAGAAUAAACCCACGACCAGGAGGGAGUUCUUGCAAUAUUACCGUCAGUUCACAAUGGAUUCAAACACAGUGAAUAAACGUCUUCGUCUGUUUGAUGGGAACAGAUCGGCAACUAAUACUGAUACAGUUCAGCAGUAUUCUGAUCAUCCAGAUGGAUUUGAUUUUCGGGCUCAGGUGUUGUGUAAAGAGAGUGUAAAUGGACGCUGUUACUGGGAGGUUGAGUGGAGUGGGGAUGAAGGUGUGUUAUUAUCAGCGUCAUAUAGGACCAUCAAACAGAAGGGACAUGGUAAAGAAUGUACAUUCGGAUGGAAUGAUCAGUCCUGGAGUUUGUUCUGCGCUCCCUUUAGAUGCUUAUCACUACACAAGAGAAACUGGACUGAUCACCCUGUGUCCUCCAGCAGCUCUAGAAUAGGAGUGUAUGUGGAUCACAGAGCAGGAACUCUGUCCUUCUACAGCGUCUCUGACACAAUGACUCUCAUCCACAGAGUCCAGACCACAUUCACUCAACCUCUCUAUCCUGGGUUUACUGUUAACAAAGGAUCCACAGUGAAAGUGUGUAAUCUCACAAAAUAGAUCAUAGAGAGAAUCACAUAUAUUUAGGGUUAUCUAAAAUCAAAGAACUGUCUAAAUUGUUUUACAUUUGUGAACUACCCAUCCUGUCCUUCUGAAACCUCUUAUCAUCAUAUUGAUUUUUAGUUUUAGUUUUUUUGUUGUUGCCAUAAAUCAUUAUUGUUAUUAGUCACCCUUUAUGUUUGUCGCUGGGUUUUGCAAGUAUCUAACCAACAAAAAGUAUUAAAACGUGCUUGUCAACUUUGACAACACAGUAUUUAAUCAUUUAAAGGUCCGGUGUUUCGUUUUUUGGAGGAUCUAUUGACAGAAAUGCAAUAUAUCAUACAUAACUAUGUCUUCAGAGGUGUAUAAAGACCUUACAUAAUGAGGUGUUCUUUUUAUUACCUUAGAAUGAACCAUUUGUAUCUACAUACAUCGCGGGUACCCUUACAUGGAAGUCUCCGUGUUGUUUCUACAGCAGCCCUAAACGAACAAACUGCUCUACAGAACGUGUUUCAUAGAUACGUUUU